AAGCCGCAGUGCUUCUCUCUCCUCUCCCCUCCAUAUUUGCAGAGCACAGACGCCCAUUUCUAGCCAUAUUUGCUGCUCUUCUCUUCUUCAUCUCUCCGCUCAACGUGGAAGGGGGAGAGGGGGGGAGAGAGAGAGAGAUGGCUGCUUCAUGGAACUCGACUCCAUUGGAGAUCACGUACCAAGUUCUGGGAUGGACCGCUUUCGUUUCCUGGUCCAUCAGUUUCUACCCCCAAGUCAUCCUCAAUUUCCGCCGCAAGAGGGUUGUGGGGUUGAAUUUUGAUUUCGUAUUGCUCAAUCUGACCAAGCACAGUUCUUACUUGAUCUACAACGCUACCCUCUACUUCAGCGCUGCUGUUCAGAAGCAGUAUUACGAGAAGUAUGGCUAUGGACAGAUGAUACCUGUGGCUGCGAAUGAUGUGGCAUUCUCCAUACAUGCUGUUCUGUUAACAGCAAUAACCCUGUUCCAGAUUAUGAUCUAUGAUCGGGGCACUCAAAAAAUAUCAAAGGUGGCCAUAGGAAUUGUCUCUGCAGUUUGGUUGGGUGCAGCAGUUUGCUUUUUCGUUGCUCUGCCAAGCCAUUCUUGGCUUUGGCUCAUCUCCAUCUUCAACGCGAUUCAAGUGUUCAUGACCGUUAUUAAAUACAUACCACAGGCAUGCAUGAACUUUGCAAGGAAGAGCACAGAUGGGUUCAGCAUUGGGAAUAUUUUGCUCGACUUUCUUGGUGGCUGUGCAAAUUAUGGGCAGAUGGUCGUUCAGUCUAUCGAUCAGAAUUCUUGGGUCAACUUCUAUGGAAAUAUUGGGAAGACAUUGCUGUCUUUGGUAUCGAUAUUCUUCGAUCUCCUCUUCAUGUUCCAACAUUUUGUGCUCUACCGCUCCAAGAGAGUGUCGGUUAGCUUUAAAGCCAUUGAGGAGGAGCAAGAGCCACUUAUGAAAACCUCUACUUCUGAACCCCAACAGUCAGAGAACGUCUAAAGAAUGGCUGGGCCAACUGGGGUUACCUUGACUUUCAUGGAAACAAGCAAUGAAGUAGGAACUGUAAAUACAUAGAAAACAUGUAAUAAUCGAAUCGUCCAAAAGCGAGUCUUUUCACAUAGGUAUACUUAUUCGCAACUUGAAACCGAGAUUGUGUGGUUGUAAAUUGAUUGUAACCCAAUAUCGUAGAAUUAUGUGGCAGUGUCUUCCGCAAAAUGCAUAUGUAAGCUGAUUUUUUGCA